UUAUUUUGACGGGAAAGUCACGGAUCUGUUCCUCCCGCAGCGCCGGAGGAAGAGCAGGAUCAGAAGAAAUUAAAAUAUUCUCCUGAAAUUCAUCACCAACAACCAGGAUAUUUAACUAAGAGGAAUGUUAAACUGCUGAAAGAGGUGAAGCAGAAGCCUUCCAGAAGAAUCUCCAGAACACGCAGAAAUUGCUUGCUACAUUUCCGACAUGGAGAAACAUCAGCACUCUGUCAAGAGUUUUACUAAACAGAGUGAUCUCAAAAAUCACCAGUGCAUUCACACAGGAGAGAAACCACAUCACUGCUCAGACUGUGGGAAAAGUUUUACUGAACAGAGUACUCUCAAAAACCACCAGCGCAUUCACACAGGAGAGAAAUCAUAUUCCUGCUCAGACUGUGGGAGUAGUUUUACUAAACAGUGUACUCUCAAAAAUCACCAGUGCAUUCACACAGGAGAGAAAUCAUAUCACUGCUCAGACUGUGGGAAGAGUUUUACUACACAGAGUGCUCUCAAAACACACCAGCGCAUUCACACAGGAGAGAAACCGUAUUACUGCUCAGACUGUGGGAAAAGUUUUACUGAACAGAGUACUCUCAAAAACCACCAGCGCAUUCACACAGGAGAGAAACCAUAUUCCUGCUCAGACUGUGGGAAAAGUUUUACUAAACAGAGUAAUCUCAAAAAUCACCAGCGCAUUCACACAGGAGAGAAAUCAUAUCACUGCUCAGACUGUGGGAAGAGUUUUACUACACAGAGUAAUCUCAAAACACACCAGCGCAUUCACACAGGAGAGAAACCGUAUCACUGCUCAGACUGUGGGAAGAGUUUUACUCAACAGAGUACUCUCAAACAACACCAGCGCAUUCACACAGGAGAGAAACCAUAUUACUGCUCAGACUGUGGGAAAAGUUUUACCAAACAGAGUACUCUCAAAAUACACCAGCGCAUUCACACAGGAGUAAAACCAUAUUACUGCUUAGAGUGUGAGAAGUGUUUUUCUACAGAGAGUCAUCUCAAAUAUCACCAGCGCAUUCACUCAGGAGAGAAACCGUAUCACUGCUCAGACUGUGGGAAGAGUUUUAAUCAUCAGAGUCGUCUCAAAAAACACCAGCGCAUUCACACAGGAGAGAAAACAAUCCCAAAUCUGUUCCACAGCAAUUAAAAGUGCAAAUCUUAAAUCUUUCGGACAGAACACCUUAUCCUACACAAAUGUUUCACUUUGUCUCUUGGGACACGUUCCACCAGUGGAUAUAGCGGGAUAUUUGGUUGUUGUAUUACUCAAGUUUUAUUCUAUUUUUCUUAUUAGUAGUGAUGGGUAGAUGAGGCGCCAUGAAGCGUUUCAACCCAUAGGGAACCUGUAUUGAAACUGUGUCGAAACUGUGUCAUGAAUACUCACACCUACUGGACCUUAAAAAUCACUAUAGGCAACCUAGUUGACGGACUAAUUUUAUUACCUAGUUUAUACAAAAUAUGCUUUGAGUAAUUUUAUUUUAUUGUAUAUAAUAUUAUUUCAUAUAUUCAGUUACAUUUAAAAUAUCAAUAAAUAACGUGAACAUGUAACUCUAAGUGAAUGUGUUUGGACUGAGGAUGCUUUUGGACUGUCUUUUUUUCAUUCAUCCUUCAGCCGCAGCAGGUCCAGCUUGUUAUCCAAAGAGCGGACAUUAGACAGGAAAAGCGACAGAAUCGGAGGUCGGUUAGCAUUAGCCUAGCGCAUUUCCCCCUCUUCAGCCCCCGCUUGCACCGCCUCCUCCUGCCCUUUGUCUGCUGUGAUCCGCUCCCCCAUGCCGGAGCGCAGAGGAGCUGUAGUCUGCCCAGCAGAGCUCGUAUAUUAUUGUCCAUAGUUUCUGUUUUACUGGCCAAACUGUUGGUUCAAAGUUCGGUUAUUCUAUCUAUAAUACACCUAGAUCUGUGUGACAUAAUCUGUCCCUAAACCUGAAAAAUCUGAUUUUUGAAAUGCAUCAUAUAAUUUAGACUUCAUCUUAAAUCAUGUAAAUGAAUUGGUUUGGGUGUAAAAAUUGGUUUAUCAGGCUACAACAGUAGUAAAAUAUGUGAAUAAAAUAGUUUACAAAUGUGAAAUAAAUAUCCGAAAAGAACUGCUGUAAACUCAUUUAUCAUUAAUCUGAUUGGUUAGAUUGUCAUAUAACUUUGCUAAUAGACUCAUUACUACACCCUUCUCAAAAUCAGUAGAAGGAGAAAUGCAGACACUCUGGGGCAGAAGUCCUAUAGCACCUGAAAAACGCAGAGUAUUGCUUUGAAUUAGUUGCUGUUUUUUUUUUUUUUGUUAAAGGACCACUAUGUAGGACCACCGGGUUUUGUGUUUGUUUUGUCCUCUGACUCCUCCUGCUGCUCCUUCCCCAACACUAACUCCGCCCACUGAGGUUGCCAGCACUACAGCAGUACCACACAGCAAAGGAGCUAGCAGAGCUGGUUCAGUUAAACCUCAGCUGCUACACAGCUUAAAAAGCCUCAGCAUGUCUCAAAAAAUGCUCAGUGACCAAAGCAGAAAUAUAACAAGAGUGAAUACUGGCAGUGAGUUUGAACGGUGGAGACAUAGAGCUCAAAAAACACAAGACCGACCCAGAGCUGCUACUUUUCUCCUGAACAGAUAAGCUAACUGGCUAGCUAAUGGUCGCGGAGGUACACCGUGGAGAUUGCUUGGUCAGACAGGUCCGGCACACUGCAGAGCCUCGGUCCGUUUUAGAAGAGUUUAGAAUUGCUGUAUUUCUCCUCUCCUCUCGCUCGUACUCUCCACCCCUCCUACUAGUCUUAACGUUGUGUAGUGUUGUAAAAAUGAAAAUGAAAGAUGGGUCCAAACCCAACCCUCAUCCGGGGUACAACUCCCCUACGUGUUUGUUUGAUAGAGAGAGUCGCAGACAGGUGGAGUGAAGUUGGAAGCAAACCAAGUAUUUAUUACAAAGUACUGAGUUCAGGAGAACCAAUACAUACAAGACAGUUAACAGCCGUCCCAGUAUAAGUUCUGACGCCCCUCUGAUCUGACUCCAUGUUUAUACCCCAAAUGACGUGAAACCUGCUGAUGAUGCGUUGCUGAUGAUUAGCUCAUGAUAAUAUGCAUAAUUUCACGUGUUAGUACUCAAGUUUCACAGGUCUGACCGGACCACUAGUGUUUGGCCUUGACUGUGUCCAGCCGGACAGUGUGGUAUUGUUUCAGGAAUUGACUGUGUGCAGCCGGACAGUGUGGUAUUGUUUCAGGAAUUGACUGUGUGCAGCCGGACAGUGUGGUAUUGUUUCAGUAGUUGGACAGUGCCGCCCUCCCUAUGUGCGCGCGUCCUCCUCCCGCUUUGGUAGGUGAAGGACUUUGCACGUGUGAUGGAAGGUGUUUAUUGAAAUGAUUCAUAAUCAAUGACGUGUGAUAAUUCAUAAACAAAUGACGACUAUUAAUGAUAUUACUCUUUGUUCCAUGCGAUGAUAAUGUGUCCUCAGUAAACUGAACAGCGAGCAUAUCUGAGAUGCUGAGUGGAGUUUUUCUAUCUGGGGAGAGCAGUAUGUGUCUAUGUGUGUGUGUGUGUUAAGGAAUGCACGUCACAGCUGUUCUGUCUACAAGUUCUGGCGCCAGGGUCAUCUUCCUUUCUGCUUGCAGUGUUUUGAGAACCAGUCUGAUAUGCCCACUAAGGGAUUAUGUCAUACCAUUUGUCAGAAGAAGUUGACGUGUCACAAUGGUGGCACUGUGCCCAUAAUUGGGAAAGCAAGAUAGUAAGGGUGGGGUAUAAAGAGAGCAUGGGACUCUUGCAAGGCAGGAGAUCACUCUGUAUUCAUACGUGUGUCUUCUCAAUAAAUCUUGUUACUCAUUCUGAUCAAGACUCAGAGACUCUGAAAUUUCUUUCUUCCUGUCAUUAUUUUCCACCACAAUUUGGCGUCACGGAACAGGAUGAGCAUGGUCUUGCGGUGGAGGGGGAGAGACUAGCACCUGCCGAGGACGCUCUCCAGCAAAACAGCUGGGCCCCAGAAGCAAGGGAAAAUUCCACAGAAUAAGGACAAGUACCGCGGGGGUAAGUGCGGCCUCUCACCCCCCACUCGCAAAUCCAGGCCUCAUCAACAAACAUUGGUGGUGAGUGACAGGUUAUCUAAUUUACUCAUUAAGGAAAUUUUAAAUGUAAAAUUUGUUCUUAAAUUAAUUUACUCCCCUCCAUCCUUCUUUCAGCACUCCGCCCUGGACAGUGUAUAGUUACAUGACGGUGUACAAGACUAGCCUGGUCGUGAGGCCUUUAUUGAUGUAUGUAAAUAUAUCUUUAAAGUUAAAGAGAAGACUAGCCUGGUCGUGAGGCCUCUAUUGAUAGACGUGUCAUUAGAGUAAUAGGUCCCGGGACCGUGGGGAGGAGUGCAUAAAUAAUACUAAUAGUACAGGGUACUGAUUGUGUAUUAAGCAGGGUUAGAAGAAGGAAGAUGAGACGUGAUUAUUGGGGCUAAAUUACUCUGAGUCAUUAAAAUCGAAUGAGAGAACAAAAUGGGAUCCCAAGUAACUAAAGAAUUGAAAUUUAAUCCAAAAAUUCAUGAUGCAGCUCUUUUCAAUCAAAUGAGCCAAGACUAUAUGUGUAUGUCUGUGUGUGUGUGUUUAUGUAGUGUUGUUCAAAGGUUUGGAAUCAUUAGCAUAUAAACCCAAUAUACAUAUAUUAAAGUAGGGCAGAAUAUUGAGCCAUGCUGGUACUGUUCAAUGUAACAUGUUUCAUUAUCUUUAUGGAGAAUGCUGUAGAAUUCUGAGGAUGACAGUUUAGUGAAUAUGUGAGACAGCUUCAUGUUUGAGUAGUAGUGAUGAGUUAUGUACAAAUGUCCACAUUGUGAAAGUCAUCCCUGAUUGAAACAGAAAAGAGAUGAGGAUUCCAGGCUUUUGAUACAAUGUGUGUGUGUGUGUUUCUGCGUGUGUUGAAUAAAGCAGUGAGAGAGAUAGACAAAACAUCUCUUUUCUGCUAUCUUCUAUCACAUUUGGUGUGCGUGUGCGUGUGUGUGUCUGUGUGUGUGUAAGUGUGUAUGUUUCUAACAUUUGUCUAACUCUGAUAUUCUAUAAGCGAAUCUAAUGAUGAAUAUAAUGUGUGUGUGGCUGUGUCAGAAUCGCUCCCUAUUCCAGAAAUAGUGCACUAUAUAGUGUAUAAACCAUUUUUUGCAAUACUGUUUAAAACCGCAGCAGUACAUUCUGUUCCCUAUAUAGUUCACUAUGAAACAACCUAAUGCAUCACAAAAUUUAGAAAUUUCAAAAUAUACUAUAAUGCAAUGCAGUGCUGUUGUAUUAGACGUCCUCAGAGCAGGACAAACAUGCUUUAUUGUUUGGUUGUUCCAUAAUUCGUUUAGUAAAUAGAAAAUGCUACAUAGUGAAAGAGUUAAUGAGUGAGCCAUUCUGAACACAGCUUCUGUCUUCAUGUGGUUUAGGCCUUUUCUAUUCUUAUUCUUUUCUUAUUGAGACUGAUUUCAGCUCAGUCUCAGCUGAAUGAGAUUUAAAGAAUACACAUAUCUAAUUUC